AUGGCAUUUCCUGGGCUUGCUGCAGGGGACCUUGAAGUACGAGAAGAGGUCCAAAAUGUGGUCAUUAUUGGCAGUGGCCCAGCUGGCUACACUGCAGCAAUCUAUGCUGCAAGAGCAAACAUGAGGCCGCUCGUGUUUGAGGGAUACCAGGUUGGUGGUGUGCGUGGUGGCCAGCUCAUGACCACCACAGAGGUGGAGAACUUCCCAGGCUUUCCGGAAGGAAUAACUGGUCCAGACCUCAUGGACAAGAUGCGACAACAGUCGGAGAGAUGGGGAGCAGAACUCAUCACAGAGGAUGUUGAAUCCGUGGAUCUUCAGUCGCGGCCAUUCUUGAUACGGACCACUGAUACUGAGGCGACGCACAGUGUCAUCAUAGCAACGGGCGCCACAGCAAAGCGGCUUGGGAUCCCCAGCGAACAGGAGUUUUGGAACAAUGGCAUCUCGGCCUGUGCAGUCUGUGAUGGUGCCUCCAGUAAUUUCAGGCAGCAGGAACUGGCAGUGGUCGGUGGUGGGGACACAGCUGCCGAGGAGGCAAUGUAUCUCACAAAGUAUGGGAAGAAGGUGCAUCUGCUGGUGAGGGGCCCAAAGAUGCGCGCGAGUGCAGCCAUGCAGGAUCGGGUGCUAGAACAUGAGAAGGUGGAGGUGCAUUACAACACGAUGGUGGACGAUGCAUAUGGAGACAAGAAGGGCUUGAAGGGCCUGGUCUUGAAGGACACAUCGAAUGGUGAGGACAGGAAGCUGGAUGUGCGCGGCCUCUUUUAUGGCAUUGGUCACCAGCCAAACAGCCACAUCAUCGAGGGCCAGGUUGAAUUAGAUGACAAGGGCUAUGUCAAGGUGCGGCAUGGGGUGAGCACCAACGUGGAGGGUGUGUUUGCUGCGGGGGACAUCCACGAUGUGGAGUGGCGGCAGGCCGUCACAGCAGCAGGCUCCGGCUGCAUGGCUGCCCUGUCGGCCGAACGCUACCUGGCAGCCAGUGGUCUCCUCAUCGAGUACCACCAGCAGGAGCAGGAGCACACGAAUGGGAAGACUGUGGGCCUGCCGCCCGGUUUUGAUCCAGCAGCAGACCGGCACAAGGGAGAGCUCGCCUUGCGCAAGCUGUACCACGACAGCGACCGGCUCCUGGUGGUUCUGUACACUUCGCCCACAUGUGGACCCUGCAGGACGCUCAAGCCCAUCUUCAGCAAGGUGGCUGACGAGUUCAGCGGAAAGCUUCACUUGGUGGAGAUCGACGUAGAAGAGGACGCACAGAUUGCUCAGGCGGGCGGCAUUACUGGCACGCCAACUGUUCAGCUUUUCAAGAACAAGGAAAGAUUGCACCACUUGCCGGGGGUGAGGAUGAAGAGGGAGUACAGGCAAUUGAUAGAAGCAGCACUGUAG